AUGGCAGAGCAGAACGGCCACGAUGUGGUAAAUCGAACCCUGUCGGGCGGCGAGCCUUCGCCUUCCGACGUUCCUGCGAGCACCAACGACAAGACACCUGCUGGAGAGGACGUGGGGGAGAUCAAAAAUACCGCAACGACGACGCAACCCGACACGAGAACGAACGCUCAGGAGAGUUAUGGGGAGAGAAACGUUGGUGAUUCACUACAAUACCAGAAGGAUAUGGAGAGAAAUAGUGGGGCUUCAACGACAACUGAGACGAGCAAGCAGGGCCCGGGACCGGUCGCAUCAAGAGCACUUGAAAUGAGCGGACGAACUGCUUCAUCGGACGGCGGAGACGAUACAGGCUCGCAAGGUGGUUCAGAAUCGGAUGCUAGUCGAGCGGAUAGCAAACAGCCCUCGCGCGUGGGGUCAGUGAAGAAGCCAGCAUCAUUUAAGCCAGUUUCCUUUGCGAAAUUCGCCGUCCCAAAAGCACCAGGUGCCCCGGCCGCACCCAAAGCCCCCGAGAGAGCGGCAUUAUCUACAGCUACGCCGUUGGGUGUUCCACAGCCAAGUUCACGACCGCGUUUGGUCGCAAAGACAACCAGCAGCCUUCGAGACUCAUUAUCCAAAACUGGAACAAGCGCAACGAAGCCGGGUGGAGGCGGGCCUGAUCCGAAUAAGGUCUGGAACAGGAAUCGACCGGCCCAACCCCCGCCUUCGAAGCACUUGACCGACGAAGAACUAAAGCAACAAUAUGGAAUCCACAUGACGUCUCGUAUUCAGGAGGAUGCCGGCGCAACAGAGGGCAAGUGGGCCGAUAUCGAAGACGACGAAGAUGACUGGGCUCCGGAGACAAUAGAAUGGACGGAUGGGACAAAGACAAAUCUGAACAACGCAGAACCACCACCACAACAACCCGGACCAGAAGUCAAACCUCUGCCGGAGCCAAAAGAACCUCUGCAUCGGGUAGAGCAACCCUCGCCCUUGAAGGAGACUGCGAGACCUGUUCCAAAACCCACGACAUCUGUCGGACCGAACCCUACUGUGCUUCGACUUGGAGCAAACGCCGAAAAACAAGCAAGGAGCGCGAGUAUCUCAUCCAAAGGCAUUAAUGACAAGUUGGGCUCAUCGACAAGUCCGGCUCCGCCUCCGAGCAAAUCACCAUGGGCAACCUUGCCGCCUGUCGAGAAGGUGUCUCCUGUUGUUCCGCCUGUCCAACUUCAGCCACCGUCUCGAAUUCCCAAUAGAGAACCUCCAGUUAGUGAUGGCACUAGUGGACCUGCAACUGGCGGAUUUCCGCCUAGCGGUUUCUCGCAGCCGAGAGAGAUCGCAGCGGACGAUUUCAAUCGAGCAUGGAAGGAUUCACAAACAGGAGCGCCCCGGGAACUCUACAAUUCUAGGUCAGGCCGUUAUGAACCUGUCUCCGAAACUAAAAGGGGGGCUUGGCGAAACGAACAAACAUUUCGCGGUCCGUCAGUCUUACAGAGACCGGCCCCAGGAGAACAAACAGGGCCUGCAGAGCCUUCAGCAGCUUUCCAAACUCACAGGGCUGGUGGCCAAGAUGGUGCGCACUGGAUGCGUCGACGCACAUCCUCCAAUGUUAGUGGCGGAAGUGGGAGUUUUGCGCGCCGGAUGUCGGUUGGUCGCCCUGACGGGGCCCAGCGAGCCUUGGAAGGCAGAAGAGGGUCCCAGGUGAACGGAAUGACCGAACUGCAAUCGCCGAAUCGAGAGUUGCCAGUACCGAAAGGAGCGCAAUUACGAGAUGUCUCACCUGGUCGACAGAUCCCUGGACCGGCUUGGUCGACUCGAGCCCCCGCUACCAUCAAUGACGUGCCUGCGUCCGCAGUUAGCGGUGCGCCUCAGCAUUCACCACCGGCUCCCUUGGAAGAACAAAUCGCAGCACCGCAGGCUCCUCAGGAGGACCCGGUUGCUAUGCAAGAGCGUAUCAUGAAAGAAAAGAGAAUGGAAGCCCGGCAACGGAGAAUCGAGCAGGAGGAGAGAGAAGAGGCCGCAAAGCGUGAACGAAUUCGACAGAAGCUUGAAGCUCUGGGACCAGCGCCUGAGAAGCCAAAGCGUAAGGAAUCCAUCGAGGCUAGUCAAGUUGAACCGACUCCAGCAACCUCUCAUUCCCCACCCAAGCCUCCGGUGCCUGAACCGACUGGCGAGCCAAAACAAUAUGGAAUGAUGAAGGUACAUCACCCCGAGUCGGUGAAGAAGCUCGUCGCUGCAAAUGAGAGAGAAAGAACCACCGAGAGAACGCCAUCAACAAGCAUUGCAAAACGGGUUCCUUCUCCAGCUCGCGAGCCACAACAGGAUGCACCCGCAGCAAAUGGACUUGAUAAACCCAUAGAGUUUCAGCCACAAGUCCCAGCCAAGCAUCCUGAACCUCAGGUCGAUGAACAAGGUCCUCAAUGGAGAAAUAAUCUUCAUGUUUCAAACUCAUAUUCUCCGUGGUCCCCGAACAAUCAAUUUAUCAGGUCCCCUCCUUCCCUUACAAACCCCUGGAAACCUUUGAGCAAUGAUAAGACUUUGGGCAACGGGAUAUUCGACCCAGGUCUAGGAGGUUUCCCGGCGAAAGAUCUUCCUCCUUUACGGGGUCCUCUAAACCUGGACCAACCGCCCAUCGUUCCUGCAUCUCAGCCAUUCUCUGCUCCCCCGGAAACCGUAUCAAUAUCUCCCCUGCCAUCGCCUGAGGUAAGACAUGCCUCGUAUGAUCCUCUGAGUGCUCUUGGCCACCCGGGGCCUAUCGGACCUCCAAGUUCGCAACAACCUCACUGGCCACAUGAACCUCGCGUUACCGGACCGGCAGCAUGGAAUAAUUUCCAAGCUGUUGCAGCCAAACGUGAAGCUGAAGAAAACGAGAAGCGCCGGAAUGAGAUGAAUGCAUUCCGCGAUGGGCCGUCUUCCCUUCAGGUCAACUUCAAUGAAACAUGGCGUCAAGUCCGGACCGGCGACCAGGUUGGACAGAGGCAGCUUGUUGGUAUUACGACGAGAACAGCAGAACCCGCUAUACCGGCACCGAAUCCUCUACCUGGUCUCGACAACGUCGGUGGCCUUCCGUUCCCUGACAGCCAUGCACGCCCAUUUGUCAUGCCUCGUAGUUCGCGGUUCUUCCCGCAAGCAACGGAGCAGUUCAAGAAACCAGCUGUUGAAGAAGACCCCUCGAGAAGCCCUUCGCCUCCGCCACCAGAGGAAAUUUGGAGCCAUCCUGUCUUUGCAAGUGACUCGAGCAGGCCCCUGGUUCAUCUACCUGCACCAAAACCUGUUGUCAAGCUUCCGCCAAAGGCCGUGGCUCCCCCUCCUGCUCCGCCGACCUUUGCUUCUAUGGUGGCAGCACCGCCGCGAAACCCACCACCCAUGUCAACAGCAACGACCUGGCAGGAGAAGAUCAACGGCCUCUUUGGCAAGAAGACAACCCCUGAGAAGAGGAAUGCGUUAGCAGUUACGUCUGCCACCAAGGAACCCCUAGAUGUUCCUUCGCAGAUCGCUGCUGUUUCAGUUUCUCUGCCUCACACUGUUGAGGCUGAGGUUCAGGUUGGGGUUGGCCGUGAGAUUGAAGACGGGGUAUUCAUUUCCAAACAAGUCGAGCAAGCAGAGGAAAUGUUUGAAGACCGUGAGAUUGGUUCUCUGCCUGUCGUGAGAGUACCCAACAUGGCACCUCCGGCUGCUUGGCUCGCUGCGCCGCCGCCAGCACAAUCCCGGCCGAAACCGAAGAAUCCGGCCCAGGUCCUUAGUGUUGAGCCGUACCUUUUCGGAUUCCAAGACAAGGAUCCCUCUGGCAAUAUUCAAAUUUCCAUUCGCUUCCCGGGAGCUGAUGCCCCGAAGGUUCUGACUCUCCCUAAGAAGGCAGGCAGCCAUAACCCUCGACACCGUGGUCCAUCGACUUUCAAACCUCGCAAGGGUGGCAAGUCCCGAGAAGGGCCUGGAAACGUCAAUCCCAAGAAGUCAGCUUCGUCUCAACAGUCAAGCAGUGGGAAUGUAGCUUCUCCGCGGCAGCCACGAAAUGGAAGCUGGGGGUCGCGCACCUCGAAUGCUCCUCGUCAGGCCGCCACAUGA